AUCUACUCCCUAUGGUUGCUCCUCUGCGAUAGGACAUCAUAGGGCCUUGUUGAAACUCUGGAAUUGAGGGAUAUGCAUCUUUUAAUAAGUGCCAAUGUUUAUCUAGUAUGCAUUUAAAUUUGGAACUGGCAGAAUUAUACUGGGAUACAUAAGCUAAUCUGUUACCUGUAGUACGCCGAUCUCUUGAUGUACAUCCAAGAAUCCCUUCCAUAGCAGCCUGUUGAUUUUUUUGUAUUAGCUGAUUCGGAUAUCCCCUAUCUGUAAGUUUCCUAGACAUUAUUUCUAAGUCUUGUUCCAAGACCACCGGAUUAUUUGUAAUUCUACUCACUCUGGUAAACUGGCUGAUAGGAAUCGAUCUCUUAACUGAGGGGGGAUGGAAGCUGUCAUAAGAAAGAAGUUGAUUUCGAUCAGUGGGUUUUGUAUAGAUACGAGUAUCAAACCCUGUCUCGGUUCGUGUAACCAAUACAUCUAAGAAAGUAACUACUUGGAGAUCAGCUGUCAUCGUGAAUUUAAUGUCAUUAUGGGCCCCAUUAAUUGCCUCAGGGGAAGACGGCCAAGGAGUCCAGGUCACCCCGCCAUAGGAGGAACACGUCAUCGAUGUACCUCCACCAGGCACAACAGUGCCUAGUGAAGAGUACAUUUUGAUAGACAUGCUCCUCCUCAAACCAACUCAUAAAGGAGUUGGCAUAUGACGGGGCGACCUUGGACCCCAUGGCCGUCCCCCGCACCUGCAAGUAAUAUUUGUCCCGAAAUUGAAAAUAGUUUCUAUGUAGUAUGAAGCUCAACAUCUCCAUGAAGAAUUCUAUUUCUGCAUCACUGUACAAACCUGAUCGAUUCAACAAAAUUUUGGUUGCCUUUAAGCCAUCCAUAUGAGGAAUCGAUGUAUAUAGACUCGCCACAUCAAAGGUGGCAAGCCAACAUACCCCCUCUAUCAUAGGUAUUUGGGAAAGUUUUUCUAAGAAAUCAUUGGUGUCCCUUACAAAAGAUCUAGUUGUUUGUACCAGGGGACCCAAUAUUUUAUCCAAAGUCUCGGCUACAUUACUCGUCAAGGAACCUAUGCCUGCCACUAUUGGCCUGCCUGGCGGAUUUAUUGGAUCCUUAUGGAUUUUUGGUAAGACAUAUAUGAGUGGAAUAAUAGGAUAGUCCACCAUCAUAUAUGUCCUAGAUUUCUCUGUGAUUAUCCCCAGCUGAGAGGCAUUAUGUAAAGCACCAUCCAGUUCUUUUUUAAAGGAAGUGGUAGGGUCACCCUUUAAUUCAAUAUACACUGUUUUAUCUGAAACUUGUCUAUUGAUUUCGGAUAUAUAUUUAUCUGUGUCCAACACAACAAUUGCCCCUCCUUUAUCAGAAGGUUGGAAUUGUAUAUAUAUAUAUAUAUAUAUAUAUAUAUAUAUUGCAGCUUUUCUAAAGCUUUCGCUUUUACGUUUGAAGUCACAACAUAUUUUCAGCUGUCUAGUGUAUCUGAGCUACAAUGUAGUAAAGUAUUACAUAUUCAGGCUAGUAUAUAACAGUAUAUGAAUUUUCUUCUCAAUUCAGGCAACUAAUUCACCUCCUUUUACAACAUUUGCUGCUUUAUUGAUUAUUCCCCUAGAGGCCAAGGGAAUUGGGGAAGUCCGUUGGUUUUACCCAAGAUUCAGAGAGGCAAUACUGCCUUUAUUUCAAAUAAACAGGAGGCCAUUCCAGAGAAAACCACAAAUACACACAUAUAACUAUUGAAUACAAUCAGCCAACAGAGAGGCAGUAAUUAGCUCAGACCGGUCUGGUUAUUUGUAUAAUGUGGGCUGCCUGUGAUUGGCUGGAGGUGAUGUCAUCCCUUGUGCAGCAGGAGGAGGAGGAUGCCUUCCUCGUCAUUCAGUGUCACCCUCUCUCACACACGCUGACACAGGCUCACACACAAAGGACAUGCACACUCUGUGACACACAAAAGCCAGUCAUGCACAAAUGAGGAGGAUUAUACAGGGACCCGUAUUCGCAAAACAAGGGAGCAGCUGACAAAGCACUAUGCCUCCUGUGCCUCUAGAAGAGCGUUCAACCCCUCUGCCCCGUCCCCGUUCUCUGCCUCUGCGCCCUCCUCCUAACCCCCGCUUAGCCCCAGAGGUCAGAGGACUCCAACUUGGACACCGUGCUCCUUCUCAUGCUGACCUUACACUUACUGGACCUCUACCCCAUCUUCACUCUGCACGAUGGCCUCGGGAACCCUGCACCCGAAGAAGGUGUUCUCCUCCUUCACCUUCACUUUCUCCCCGUUCCCCAUCUUGCUUUCGCUGGGCUCUUCAUCCUUUAAAAUGUGGUUGCAAAGGUUGCUGGCGUCUUCUGCGUCCAGCCAGGAAAUCUGUGGGCUCAUCUUGCAGCUGUGACCCCAUUGUGACAUUUGACCCCCAGUUUAUUGGUGGCUCAAGGGUUAGCUAUGAUGAAGAUGAUGAUUACAGUGUAAGAGCCAUUUGGCCAGAUGAGCUUGCACGGAAGAUGAUGUCACAAACCAGAGGUGGGACACUUGGGGGGGCACCUUUGCUUCUAGACUGCAGAGGCCUGGCAACAAUAUGGGGAGAUGAAUCAGUGACUCCACCUUCUCCUCCUUCUCCACCACCACCAUCAUCAUCUCCACCUUUGUCUCCAAUCAGAGGAUCAAACCGGAACUUGCAAAGUUUGUAUCUCCUUCUGGAACCGUUCAAUGACAAGGAAAACAGUUGUGAAAAGAAAGUUCUGCCUGAGUCCCCAGCUGAUGACUGCACAUUACCAACAGAAAUAUCACCCACAGCACCACUGUCUCCUGACCCGGAGAAAGCAGAGCUGAGUUCCAUCUUGCCUUUUCUCUUUCUUGGCAAUGAGAGAGAUGCUCAAGAUUUAAACCGUAUGGUGAACCUCAACAUUGGCCAUGUUUUAAAUGUCACAACUCAUCUGCCCUUAUAUCAUGCUGAAUCUGGGGCCCUACGAUACAAGAGACUUCCGGCUACAGAUAACAGCAAGCAAGACCUUCGGCAGUACUUCGAGGAAGCAUUUGAGUUCAUUGAAGAGGCUCAGCAGGAAGGAAAAGGGGUACUCAUCCACUGCCAGGCAGGGGUCUCACGCUCUGCCACCAUUGUUAUUGCUUACCUUAUGAAGCACACCUUGAUGACAGUGGGAGAUGCCUACAAAUUUGUCAAAGGGAAGCGACCAAUCAUCUCCCCCAACUUAAAUUUCAUGGGACAGCUGCUGGAGUUUGAAUCAGAUCUGAAUGCUGGAAUUACCCCAAGGAUCCUGGUCCCCAAGCUGCGGGGUGUUGAGACUGAUGUGUGAAUGGAGUGAUGAUCCAGUGAAGGAGACUGGGGGGAGGGGGCGGAAUGAAAUUUUAAACUGGAAAGACACACGAGAAAAAAGGGCCUUUAAGGCUGGAUAAUGUGCAGGGGGGAAAAAAGAAUCUCUCUGUUAGAAACAGAGAUACAUUUUAUAACAGGGGCCUGUAUAACCACAGAGACUUAAAUCCUAUACCAACCUUUUCCUUAAGCCGAAAGUUAUAUUAUAUAAUUCAUGUCUGGCAGAUAAGGACUAAAUUAGCUCAUUCAAGUUCAUUGUCAUUAUAAAUGGCUUUGAAAUAGAUAUACCUAUAUAUAAACACACACCUUGCAUUAUAUUGGGAUAUUUUCAUCCCUAUCAAUUGCCAUAAGUAAAAAUUUCAGAAGAAAAAUGCUAUAUUUAACUCAAAUGAAAGUAUCUUUCUUAGGAAUACAGCUAUAGGAUGCAAAAUGAAAUGUCAUUUAUUUAAAAGAGAAAAAGAAAGACAAGGGUUGAAGAGAAAAGAGAAUGAUUAUAUUUUCCCUCAAUAUACUGUACGUACUGCAAGUUUAUGAAACACAACACAUAUAUAAAUAUUUAUAAAUAUUAUUACAUUCUGUAGACAGACAUUUUAAAAUGAUACUUCUGCCUGAUCAGUAGUUUUGUGGGGGUUUGACCUAUUAGGACCUGUUGGGUUUAUUCUGGAAAUCAGUUGUCCAUCAAAAUGCACCAUUUCAUAGGGCCGGAGGCAUUGAUUUUAAUGCUAGGCUAGGCAGCCUUUUUAUUGAGAAGCUUUAAUAUUCAUGCAGCUUAUCACUGUGAAGGUUAUGGCAGUCUGUCAGUCUGCUCAUAGGCCUUAGCCAAGGUCUGUUUAGCAGGAAAUCUGACAAAUGCCAAUACUGAACUAUGCAUAGCACCAUUUAUGAACAGGAGUGGAAGUUAUGUUCUCAUGUUUAUCGCCUUCACUCGUCUCCUAACUUGUGUGUUGCAGAGCUACCAGGGCUGUAUUUCAGUCCAGGUAUUUGUAUGCUGAUAUUUAACCAAAUAUCUGGUUGCAAACUAGGGAUUUUUUUAAUUUUGUUAGCUAUUUUCUUAUAUAUAGGCACCAGCAGGCCUUUUCCCUGAAGCUUGCACUCUGGGCAUGGACCCACUUGUGUCUAUUUAUAAAUACAGCCCUAAGUUACUACAAUUGUAACCAACCAAUGAGUCACAUGACUGACCUUAUAACAACUGUUAGUAUAUACAAUAUGUGUAGGCUUUAAUGGUGCCUACGUCUGAACAGAGUGCAACACAGCACAUUCUAAAUUGUUUACCUCUGCACAAUGUUGAGAUAUAAUUAGGGUUGCCACCUGUCCAGUUUUGACCCGGACAUUUUGAGGGGCUGCCCGGGUCUAUACUUCCUGCCCGGUUUUCCAAAUAAGGAAAACCGGGCAGGAUUCCCUUGAUUGACACGGCAAUCUGCCAUUCGCUGAUCGCCGCGUCAUAGCCCUGCCCACUGAUCUCACGGAUCCGCCCCCAUCCGGUCUCAGCCAGACAUAAAGGUGGCACCCCUAGUUAUAAUUCAAUAUUAAAGGGGACCCGUCACCUGAAAAAAUUAUUCCAAAUCUUAACUUAUCAUGUUAGUCAAGCAAAAUUAACUUUAAUUACACUGUAUUAAUUAUUUGAAUCUUGUUUCCAUCAGUGUGUUUCCAUCAGUAGCAAGGAGGCAGGAGCUAUUUUGUGGACACUGUUAUUAAGACAAGCCUUCCACCAUCUCAGAAUUUUGUUUGUGCACAAGAAUGGGGGACCUGAUGUCCAACCCCAUGCACUGGUUACACAAUUAAAUGGUUAAGAGAACUGGGAGAAUGUGUGGAGAGCAGUGACAUCUAGGAAGUCCUGAAUGGAAAGGGAAAGUAAUUGCUUACCCCGCCUCUAUGCCUGAGGCAUAGAGGAGGAGCAGGCAAUAUUUGAUUGACAGCUGAGAUUUUUAACUGAGUUUACAACAGCUCUGAACGCUUUAAUACCAUUGUGUUUUUAUGUAGAAUGUGCAGCCUGAAGUUGGCCGAUACCAUGGGCAGAACAGACUAAUACCGCCAAAGUGGGCAGCAUCCCAAAUAAUCAGAACCUGGGGAAGUGGAGAGGAGCUGCAGUUUCUCUUCUUUGUUAAUGCACCAUAAAUUUGGUAAAAUUAAAGGUAAUGAUCAGGUGGUCAUCAAUCCCCAAGUUCUAGGAUCAGAACAGAGGUGGAUAUUCUGAGUAUUGUUACACUUAGCCAUUUUAAAAAAACAUUUGACUCUGCUUCGUUGUUUCAUUCUGAAUCUCAAAAUUGUCUUUAUGUUCAAGGGAAUAAAUCCAGAGGGGAACAGUAAUUUAUGCUUAUUUAUUUUUAUUCCUGUUCUGGGAUGUUUUGUAAACUUUGGGGGAAAAAAAGUUGAAAUAUGGAAGCUCAAAUAUGCCAGGGUUUUUUAAGGGGAAAAUUAACAAUAUUUUUUAAAAAGUGUUUUGCAACAAACUAAUCAUGUGCAAUAAGAAAUGAUAAAAUUAUGGUGUGUUUUAUAAUGGCACAAUGUGCGGAAAUGGGUAUUGCCUGGUAUGUAGCAUUCUCCUUUUUCAUCCCCUUUUGGGUGUAUUUCCAUGUGUUUUUUUCCUUUUACCUGUGUCUUAAAUCUCUUCCAUGAGGGAGACCGGAUUACCUCGGGCAUUAAAUCCCUAUUUACACUGUGAUACGGGGCUGCCUCCAUUGUAUCCCAUCUGGAGGGCAGUGGCCCCUUACACCUGAAACUCUUUAUUGCUCACAAUAUUUUCUGUGGAAACAACUAGCUUUUAUUUAAUGUGAAACUAAGCUAUUUAUUGAAUAAAACCUUUUUGUAUGGAA